AUGCUCUCCUCUUUUUAACCACUUGUAACAUUACCAAUUUCUGGCUGCUAAAACCUCCCAUUUUAAAAAAACCAUCUUGAUCUCAGGACUGAAUCCAAGCUAUUCCAAAAAAAAAAAAAAAUGGCUGACGCUCUUAUCAGCUCCACAAUUCAGGUCACCUUGGAAAGGGCACUGUCUCUUGCCUCUGAUAGGAUUGGUUUGCUGGUUGGGUUCAAGAAGGAUGUGGCCGGCAUGACACGUUCUCUCCGCCUGAUCAAUGCUGUCUUGGCUAAUGCUGAAGCAAAGCAAAACCAGGACGGAGCAGUGCAAGAAUGGUUGAAGAGUCUCGAGGAGGUUGCUUAUGAGGUUGACAAUUUGUUGGAUGAGCUCCACUAUGAGUCUCUUCAUCACCAGGUGGAGUCCCGAAACCGACACAAGCUCAAGGUAUGCUGCUUCUUCUCCUUCUCUAAUAUUAAUCUUGCUUUUCGUUGGAGAAUGGCUUCUAAGGUCAGGGACAUCAAACUUAAGUUGAAUGAGAUAAAUCAAGAAGCCAACGGAUUGGGACUGGUCAGUAGGUUAGGGAUGACAGCUGCCCUCCCUGCUGCUGUUGGAGACACAAGAAGUCAGCAGACCGACUCUGUUGUUGCUCCAAUGAUUGGAAGAACCAAUGAUGAAUCAAAGAUAGUGAAGAUGUUGUUGAGCCCGUCUGAGAAGGUUGUUUCUGGUCUUCCCAUAACUGGUAUGGGAGGUCUAGGCAAAACAACUUUGGCUAAAUCGAUAUACAACAAUCAGCAAAUUGAUGAGCACUUUCAGAAAAAGAUUUGGGUUUGUGUAUCGAAAAAAGUUCCAGUAGUAGAACUUUUCAAACUCAUGUUAGUGCAAUUGAUGAAAGGAAAAGUUGAAGUGGAUGAUAGGAAUGUCAUUGUUGAACACAUUCAAAAUCAACUAGGGGAAAAGAGAUAUUUCCUAGUCCUUGAUGAUGUGUGGGAUGAUGAUCAAGCAUUGUGGGAUGACUUUUUCACCACCUUGAAGGGGCUCAAUCCAACUAAUGGAAGUUGGUGUCUGGUCACUACUCGUUUAGGUCCAGUGGCACAUAGUGUGUCUAGAGUUUUGAGGAUGAUGGAAAAUGAAGCCUAUCCAUUAGGAAAACUACCUGAUGAUCAUUGUUGGUCUAUCAUAAAAGAAAAGGUAGUUGGAGAGGGAGAAGAACCUGAUGAACUAAAAGCAAUUAAAGAGAGAGUAAUCGAAAGAUGUGACGGUCUACCAUUGGCUGCAAGUGUAAUCGGAGGUCUAUUGUCUUUAAAGAGAAAAGAGGAGUGGCGAUCAAUUUUGGAGAAUAGGCUUUUGAGUAUGAGUGGAGAUGGAGAUCGUGUGAUGCAAAUACUUAAGUUUAGUUUUGAUAAUUUGCCAUCUCAAUACAUUAAGAAAUGUUUUGCACAUUGGUCUAUAUUUCCUAAGGAUAGUGAGAAAGAAAGGAAUAUGCUUAUCGAACUUUGGAUGGCAGAAGGUUUCCUACAAGUAGAUGCCACCAGCCAAAUGAUGAUGGAGGAAAUUGGAAUGAAUUAUCUGAGAAUUUUAUUGCAGAGUUCAUUGUUGGAAGAAAUAAUUGAUAAGUCAGAAACAUCAAUAUCUUAUAAGAUGCAUGAUUUGGUGCACGACCUUGCAGAGUCAAUGUCAAAGUCUACCAAAGUCAUUAUUGAUCGGGAUACAUAUAUAGUAGACAAUGGUGAUCAGAUUCGUUACCUUGCAAUAGACUUGUCUAGUGGUCGAGAAGACAGAGAAAAACUUUUGGAGAGUCAAUCAAUGUCUCUUCAUACAUUGUUUGUAAAUGGUGACUUAUCUGAUGACAUGUUAAUGAAGUUGAAGAACUUGUAUGUUUUGUUUUUGUCUACUGAAACAACUCAAGAGCUACCAGUAUCAAUUGGCAAACUGAUACAUUUGCGGUAUGUUAACCUUUCGAAGUCUUCAAUUAGUAUUUUGCCAGACUCCCUUUGCAAGCUUUAUAAUCUGCAGACAUUGGCGCUAAGUGGCUCACAAGUUAAAGAUCUUCCGAAGGGGAUGUGCGAUUUGAUUAGCUUGAGACAUCUCCACUAUUAUAAUGAUGAUGAAGAAUUUCAAAUGCCGCUAGAGAUGGGACGGCUGACUUGCCUUCAAACGCUUGAGUUCUUUAACGUGGGGCGAGAGAAGGGUCGACGAAUUGGAGAGCUUGGAAGCUUGAAGAACCUCAAAGGCAAAUUGGAGAUACGCAAUCUUCAACUAGUAAAGGGUAAAGAAGGAGCUGAGGAAGCAAAACUAUCUGAAAAGGCAAAUCUAUUUAGGCUGGAACUUGAGUGGGCCCUUGAUCGAGAAGGCGACGACUACAAUGACGAAGAUGUGUUAGAUGGCCUUCGACCCCACCCAAAUUUGAAGGAAUUGGUAAUUUGAUAUUUUCUGGGUGAUCAAUUUCCUCGAUGGUUAAUGGAUUUGCCAACAACAACAACACUCCCUGAGUCAGCAAAACACUCCCCGAGUUAGCGUGUUUGGUAUUUUUUGGCUGCGACAGAUGCAGAGAACUCCUUCCCCUACAAAUCUUUGCGUCUCUUAAAGAGCUGCAGAUUUGGUGUUGUGACGGGUUGACGAAUCUGCCAGGUGACAUGCUACGCUCUUGUGCCUCUCUCCAGAAGCUUGAGGUGACUGGUUGUGACAAUCUUAUCUCCUUUCCGCUUGAUUUGCAACAAAUGCCUUCUCUCUCGGAGCUGAAAUUAUACGAGUGUCCCGAACUGAAAACAAGCAUGACGCCCAAAGGAUUUGGUUUCCUAACCAGCUUAAGGAAGCUUGUAAUUGGUCCUUUCUCAGAUGAUGGUGAUGAUCAUGAAAAUUCUUCAAUUUACAAUGAGUUUGAUUGGUCUGGAUUGAUAUCCUCCUCCUUCUUCUCUUCGUCAUCCGCACUCCGUGAAUUAGAAUUAUUUGGGUUGCCACACAUGGAGUCCCUGCCACCUCAGAUCCAAUACUUGACCACUCUCACGUCACUAACGCUAGUUGUCUUUGGAGGUAUAAAAGCUCUGCCAGAUUGGUUCGGAAACUUUGCGGCUCUUGAAGACGUGCACUUAUGGUUUUUCAAAGAGCUUGGACAUCUACCCUCUGAGGAUGCCAUGAGAAGUCUCACCAAACUAAAACGUUUGGAGGUUUAUGGUUCUCCUCUGUUAAAAGAAAGAUGCACUCCUGAGAGCAGCGGCCCCGACUCCCAGUGGUCCAAAGUUUCUCACAUUCAAGACCUACGCAUAACCGAUCAUUAUUAACCACUCAUCUUCAGAUCAAAUUCAAUCAUCGAAUUGCAUUUCCCAAUUUUUGUGACAAUGGCCGCGACUCUUGUUUCAAAUUCCUGUGGACUUAGUUCAUCAAACAUGAACUAAUUUCACCACUCUAGUCAAGGAGCAACGGAGGCUCUGAUUCACCUAAAAAUUUGAUUUUGGGCACAAACCUCAACAGGGAACCUCAUGGAUGGCUCUUACCUACUGUCUUUACUUUUUGAAAGUCCUACAAUUCGUUGCUGAACAAGAUCCUGCUUCGGCUGAAUGGCAACAUCUAGGAUGGCAUUCUCUUUUCCUCUGUGCCUCAGAUGGUCAAAGUCUGAGAUAUCUAUUGGGCUGGCCUCUACAAACUGCCCACCAGAAUUUCUUUCCCAAGCUUAUGUAAUGUCUUCCAAGAUCAAAAGCCAUCAUUACCAUGAAUUUCUGCUAAUGAUCAUGGGGGUAAUGGUUGGCGAUAGAGCUUGUAUUAAAGAAAUAGAUUGACAAUGAGGAGCUUGCAAAUUUUCAAGAAGUACUGUAAGGAGUUUUCCAGAGCUGUUGGUCAUCAAAUUGGUUUUUGAUUCUAAGAGUCUGCCAUGGAAGAUGUACUGUUCAUGCAGUGAAGCUGCACAGACUUGUUAUAGUAUCUUCUAACACAAUCAACUCUAAGAUGCAAUUUUUGAAGCAUAUUGCUAUGGUUAGUCAAGACUGCCAAGCAUACUGGUUGGCUGCUGCUACUUGCUGUAAUUAUUUCAUUCGCUAUGAUGAAGGCUAUUAAGAGCAUUUUGCCUUCUAUACUUGUUGGUUGCUCCUCUGUUCAUUGAUUUUGCACUCAGAGAUCAACAUUAACCUUAUAGCUCGGUCUUACUAUCAUUUGUAAUGAAAGUCCUAUGAUCCCUUGUUGAACCAGAUCCUGUCUCAGUCAGAUCAGAUGAAAACAUCCGGGAUAGAAUUCCCUUUUGCUCUCUGCCUCGGAUGGCCAAAGCCUGAGAUCUUCCCUGUCUGUCUGGUGCUGUUAAACUGUCCAACCAAAUCAGCAAUUUGUAGACAUGUUAAUGAGGUGCUAUUUUACUUCUUUUGGAACUCAAUUUGCCAUAUCUUCCAUACUGCUUGUAGUUCAAAGCAGCAGAAAGAUGUGGAUUAGCUGAACCCUGAUAGGUGCUUGCAUCCUUCUUGAAGUUGUAUCUUAGCUCUAUAACAGGCAACAUAUUUUUUUUCUCACUGUUCUGCAGUCGACUACAAGUUGUGCCCAAUGAUACUUUUUCCAUUGCUCUUUG